AUUGUUAUGUAAACUAAAGAUGUUGGUAAUGAAAGGACAGCAUCAGUAACACGUAAAAUUAUUGUCGAAUGUUAAUCGUCUAAUUACACUAAUGUCGAAUGUUAAUCAUCUAAAUACCCGGUAAUGUUUAUUUUGUUAAGGCAUCGAAUAAAUGUGAAAAUAUCGACUAAUUUAUAAGGAUUUCGACUACUAUUAAUAAGGUUAAUAUUUUAAGAUGAAAUUUUAAGACUUAAUAUGACAUUAGAGCUUAUUAAGCUCCAACUAGAAAUUCGAAUCGAUUAAUACUCAAUAAAUGAGUACACAAAUUUCAAAAUUAGUUUGCUCAAACAAGUUACAAUGUUGCGAGCUUGUUAAGGAAUAAAAUUUCAUAUCGAAUAAAAAUGAAAACAUAAUCAAUUUAUAAGAGUUUGGACUAUUCCUCUUAACAAUGUUGGCCUUAAAAAAGAUGAAACCUCAAGUCUAUACAUAUUUUCUGUUUGUUCUCAUUUUUCCUUUAUUUUGUAUUUCCACGUUGUUUACUAUGUUAACGGCUAUGUUCCAUUAGCAUUAUUCUAUGAACAUAUAUGUGAGUAGAUGGUGAUAAGGUUCGUAGGGACAAUAUAAAACGUGCAAUUUUCAUUCAUAAAGAUCAUGGUCUAGGGGCAAAAUAUCCAAGAGAAAUAAGAGGAUAUUGUAAGGAAUAUCGCCCCAAACCCACUAAGCAAUCGUAAAAUAGUAAAAAACAAAGCAAGAACAAAAAUCGAACAUGCAAAUUGUUCACCAAGUUCAGCCAAACACAGUCUAAUCUCGGAGUUCAGAGGUAAGUUCAUCACUAGCAAGAAACCUUCAAAAGAGUGUAUAAACAGUUGAGAAAAUCAAAUUAGACCCACUACAUGGUCAUCGAUCCCCAAGGAUCUCACAAUAACUCAAACCCUAACUCACAAGACAAAACAGAACCUUGCCAAGAACUCAAUACAGGUUUACCAGCAACAUACAAGCCUAAAACACUGUACAAUACGUUAUACCAUCAUUAGAUAACUACAAAGAUUAUUUCAAAACUACCAAAAAUCUCUAGAUCUUGGAAAGGGAGAAGGACAGAGACGAUAGAACAAGAGAGAGAGAAACUCUAGAGACUAUUCUUCAGAAAACUGACCGACUAAUUGAAAAGCCCCAAGUCUCAAAAGUCUCUGAAGGUAUUAAUUUUGGAAGACUAAAUCUCAACCUUAAAAUUAGAUCAACGAUCCACAAUGACCAAGAGAAAGCACGACUCAUGUGACCGUGUAUUAGCCAAUGUCCAAGAGCCAAUUGUCCAUAGGAGUACAAGUGGCAUUUAUACUUAUGAGAGUGUGGUUUGACAAAUAAAACUCCAUAGAUAUUUUUUUUCUCUAGAAGAUGGGAAAUGCAAACGUCAAAAAAUUCCUGUGGUCACUGAAAGAUAGGAAAUCUGUAGUUAUAUAUAUAUAUAUUUGCAACGUGUAAAACUUCAUUGAAGUGUGUGAACCAACCGUUAGAAUAGUAAAAUCCAGUUUCACAAAAAUUUUCACCAUGGCCAUGGUCGCAUGCCCAUCUUUGAGGAAUCUGCAAUUCAAAGUCCAUUCGUCUUCACCAUUUUUUCCGUACAAAAGAAGAAUUUUUCCAAAUGGGCACCUGCGUAUUAACAAGAAAAGCCAGCAUUGUAUGUUCCUCAAAAAACCCAUAGUUAAAGAUGGGGUUUUGAGUUUUAAUGGCAGAGAUGCGCUCAUUGGCGUACCUGAUAAUGUUAUAAUAACGCCAUGGUCGGAGUCAUCUGCUUUUUUAGGUGCUACCGCCAGUGAAAGCAGCUUUCGACAUGUCUUCAAACUUGGAGUUAUCGAAGAAGCCAGAUUGCUAUGUCUGUUUAGGUUUAAAAUUUGGUGGAUGAUACCUCGAGUAGGAAAUUCUGCAAUGGACAUUCCUAUUGAAACACAGAUGUUGCUGCUGGAGGCAAGGGAAGAACAACAUUCUGAAAAGGAUGAAGGAAACACAGCUUAUGUAUUGUUCUUACCCAUAUUAAAUGACGUCUUCAGAAGCAGCUUGCAGGGGAACUCGGCCGAUGAGCUUGAAGUUUGUGUUGAAACUGGUGAUCCCAGUGUAGUCGCUUCAGAGUGUGUCAAAGCAGUUUUUGUGAACCAUGGAAACAAUCCUUUUCAAUUGCUCAAGGAAACUAUGAUGAUGCUGCAAAAUUAUUGUGGGACAUUUGAACUCAGAAAUACCAAGCAGAUGCCUGGAAUGUUAGACUAUUUCGGCUGGUGCACUUGGGAUGCUUUCUACCAUGAUGUCAAUCCUCAGGGAAUCAGAGAUGGCCUAAAGAGCUUAUCUGAAGGCGGCACUCCAGCAAGGUUUUUGAUUAUAGAUGACGGUUGGCAGGAUACAACCAAUGAGUUCCAAAAAGAGGGGGAGCCUUUCGUUGAAGGGACACAGUUCGGUGCGAGACUGGUAAGCAUAAAAGAAAACAAGAAAUUUCAGGAAACAGAAAAGGUUUUAAGCAGCCAAUCAAAUGGUCUUAAGGAAUUUGUAUCGGAAGUAAAGAAAAAUUUUGGUCUCAAGUAUGUCUAUGUGUGGCAUGCAUUAAUGGGAUACUGGGGAGGGCUUCAUCCAGAUGCCCAUGGAACUAAGAAGUAUAAUCCAACUUUAAAGUUCCCAAUUCAAUCACCAGGGAAUAGGGCACAUCAGAGGGAUAUAUCUAUGGAUUCUAUGGAGGAAUAUGGUGUUGGUACCAUCGAUCCAAACAAUAUAUUUGAAUUUUAUGAUGAUCUACAUGGAUAUCUUGCGUCACAGGAAGUGGACGGAGUUAAGGUUGAUGUACAAAACAUACUGGAAACAGUAGCUACAGGUUCAAGUGGCAGGGUCUCUCUUACUAGACAUUUUCAACAGGCACUUGAAAAGUCAAUAGCCAAGAACUUCCAAGACAAUGGCAUCAUCUGUUGUAUGGCCCAGAACACGGAUUCUGUUUACAACAUGAAAAGAAGUGCCAUUACACGUGCAUCAGAUGAUUAUUACCCCAAGAACCCAACAACACAGACGCUGCACAUAGCUGCCAUAGCUUACAACAGCAUAUUCUUUGGUGAAGUACUCGUCCCAGAUUGGGACAUGUUCUAUAGCUGCCACCCUGAAGCUGAAUUUCAUGCAGUUGCUCGAGCAGUUGGAGGCUGUGGUGUCUAUGUUAGUGAUAUACCUGGCCAGCAUGAUUUCGAGAUACUUAGAAGGCUUGUGCUACCCGAUGGAUCUGUGUUGAGAGCAAAAUAUCCUGGAAAGCCAUCACGUGAUUGCUUAUUUAGUGAUCCAGUUAUGGAUGGGAUAAGCCUUUUGAAGAUUUGGAAUCUGAACAAAAUCACUGGAGUACUAGCUGUAUUCAACUGCCAAGGAGCAGGGACCUGGCCUGGAAUGGAGAGUACUGUUCAAUUAGAUCGUAUUGAGUUAGUCGGAAAGAUUUCCCCAGCUGAUAUUGAGUAUCUUGACGAAGUAUCACCAAAGUCAUGCACAGGAGACUUCGCAAUGUUUUCCUUCAGAUCAGGAUCGAUUUCUCGAUUGCCGAUGCAUGGAAAGCUCGGCAUUACUUUAAAAACCUUGCAAUGCGACAUCUUCACUGUAUCUCCUAUUAAGUUUUACCAUCAAAAAGUUCAUUUCGCUCCAAUUGGCUUAGUAAACAUGUACAAUUCUGGAGGAGCUGUUGAGGCAAUUGAAGUUUCGGACGAUUCCUCUUGUUAUGGAGUUCAAAUCAAAGGAAGAGGGGCUGGUAUCUUCGGAGCAUAUUCCGACAUAAAGCCGAAUUUUUGCUCUGUGAAUAACAUCAGAGAGGCAGAAUUUGAUUACAGAAGUGAGAAGCAUUUUUUGACAGUUAGCAUUCCCACUGGAACAAACGCUUGGGAUGUAACCGUUCAUUAUUGAGCAUAGAGGAUUGGCGCAUCUACUGUUACCAAGUGUGACUUCCGAAUCACUUUGAUAAGUUUGUAGUUUGUACCAUAAUACAUAGUGAUAUGUGAUUGGCCACUACACCCAAAGGGUAAAAGGUUUCAAAUUCUGGUAACAAUAGUGUGACAUAACAUUACAACUAUGUUAUUUCAGCGGUCCACUUUUGAAGAACAACUCCAUCAUUGUAACUUAUAUAUCAGCUUGUUGAACUCUACUAAAAACUCGAGUUGUCAGAAGGAGCACAUUUAUGUUUCCAAAUUUAGCUUUCAACACGUUUUAUUA